GCUACGUGGUCCGUAAAAGUUGUUCCGCGCUUAUCGUCGCAGACAGGAAAGGGACUAAACAACACGUUAACGGUUCGCAGCGGGAGACACCGAUUACUUCAAAAAUGAGGCGUCCUACACUGUCCUGGUGUCUGUUCCUCAUCCUGUCCUCUUCUUUACUGUGUGCUGACUCUCAGGUGUCUCCACACCAGCAGCAGCCCCCUCCUGUAGUGGGAGGCUCAGCCCAUAUUAAUCGCCUGGACAGAAACAUGGUGCAAGACAAAGACCACAUUAUGGAACAUUUGGAGGGGGUCAUUGAUAAACCUGAGAAAGACAUGUCGCCCCAGGAGCUUCAGCUGCAUUACUUUAAAAUGCACGAUUAUGAUGGAAACGACCUGCUGGACGGCCUUGAGUUGGCCACUGCUAUCACACAUGUGCAUAGAGAGGAGAGAGGGGAGCACAGCCAGCCAAUGAAGGAGGAGGAGCUCAUCGCAUUAAUCGACGACGUCCUGAGGGACGAUGACAAAAACAACGACGGCUACAUCGAUUACGCGGAGUUUGCCAAAUCACUGGAGUAGAUCAUCCUGCUGUUUCUUUGUUUCUCUGCAUCCGGGAGGAAAACCAGGAGAAACAUGAAUGAGGGGAGGGGCGGCGAGUUUGCACAUUCUGAGCCGAACUCGCUGCGUCUUUCACAGACAAUAAAUCAGGGGUACUUAAUUUACAAAUCACUUGACAAUUCAUCAUACCAGAUGGUAGAAACAUGAAUCUCUGUAAUUUCACAAACGAUGAGAAAAAAAGGAGAAAAAAUGUAGACUUUGUACCCCGUUUUUGUAAACUGUGAUUUUCAAGGGUCAGUUUAACCAAAUGCUUUAUUUAUUUAGACCUUUAGACCUCUAUUUUUUUAUUUUCAAAGUAUACCAGCAGACCUUUGUACUGAGCAAUGUGUCAGAUUUGAUGAUUAGCUCAGCAGCAGAAACCCUAAAGCUGUAAACAAAUCGACAGUUUGGUAAAACUGACUCUGAGUGGGAGUUCACAUCUCAGUAGCACAAGAACGGACCAGUUCAUUUCAAACCCACGUCAUUUUAGAUAGAUGAAGACACGCCAACUGUUUCAGUGUCUACUUUUAGGACCAAAUAAUCCCUUGUGAUGACAAUUAGGCCAAUAUAUUGUUCCCAUGGCAAUAUAUAGGGGCCUUGAUUAGAUCCACUUUGGUUGUGAGAUAAACAAGAAAACUUGUUUAAAAGUCACCAGCAGGGGAUCAGUCAACCCUGCGUCCGCUGAUCUAUCAUUCAGUCAGAGGAUGCACGACUCUAAUCAGUCACUGCAGGAAUGUAAAGCAGAGCUGCAUCAGAUUCUGCUAAACUGAAUAAGCUAGACUGAAAGCACACUGCCAGACUCUUCUGCUGGCUGGAGUUUCAGAAAAGCACUUAAAUGAAACUGGUUUCCCUCAGAUGUUGGCUGCCUUUAAGAAAAAAAUCUAUAAAACAUAGUUUAAAUGCAUCAGGUAAUAAUUUAAUCCACCUGUGUUCGACUGAUAUAGACCUUUUCAUAUGGAUGAACUCUAUUUUUUGCCAACCAGUGUUUAUUCUUCUGUCUGUUCUGACUCUUGAUGUAAAGACAUAAAUGUUUCUCUGGACUGUGAAAAGAAAACUGUUUUACUCUGUUACUUCAAGGUAAAUUAUGUUGUUUGGUUCUGGUGGAUUAAAAUCAUGUA